AUGGAAGGAUAUUCUUUAAUGAAAAUGACAAAUUUUGACUCUGACAAUGAAAGACUUUUUAAAAAAAUAUCUGAUUUAUUAUUAAGUUCAGGGUAUUAUCGAGUUCGUUUAACUAAUUUGCUUCCAUUUGACAAAAUACUUGGAGGAUUAGCAUGGGGAAUUUCUGCUACAUGUUAUCCAUUAGAAAUAGAUUUAUGGCUUGCAUACUCUGAAUAUGCAACUAUGGGAUUGAAGCUUCAAGUAGCUGAAGGAGUAUGUAGUGCAUUAAAAGAAAUGAAAUGUCCAAGAUUAUUACAACCACAUCAAAUUACUGGUCUUGAUUUUGGAGUAUUACUUCCUGUUGUGGAAUGGUUAAUGACAAAAGUAGAAGAGGCAAGAACAAUCAUGGGAGAUACUCUCAGAAAUUAUGCAGAAUUUGUUUAUAAAAAGUUUUAUAAACCUGAAGAACUUGUAGUUGUUUAUCGUAUGGAAGAAAGUAGUAAUGAUCAGAAAACAAAUUCAAUUGCUGAUGAAGAUGAAACGAAACAACUUGAAGAAGAAGUAAAUCAAAAAAGAAAAGAAUUAGAAACAUUAAAAGAAAAGAAAGAUAAAGCUGAAAAAUUUUUUAAAGGAAUGAGAAGUACUGUUGAAGCAUUAGAAGCAGAAAAGGAAGAAAUAGAAGAACAAAUCAAUGAAAUACAAAAUACUGAGAAAGAAGAAGCAAAAGAAGAACAAGAAAUUGUUAUUAAAGCAAAUGAAGUUGAAGAAGUUAAAGAGGAAAUUAGAAAAUUUAAAGAAGAUUGUAAAGUAAAACAUGAUUAUUAUAUAGAAACAAUUAAUACUAUCAAAUCAUCAAUUGAAGAUAAAGACAAACUAGCUGCAAUUGAAAAAAUUGAAACACAACACCAAAAAGAAAUGGCUAAAAUAGAAUUGUUAGAACAUGCUCUUGGAGAACGUAAAAGAAAUUUAAAACGUAUUGAAAAAGAAAUUGAUGCUAUUCCUGGUAAAUUUGAAUUACAACAAUAUCAAAAACAACUUAUUUAUUUAUCAAUACAAACAUCAGUUACUUUAGUAGAUACUCGUUAUUAUUAUGAAAUGUAUAAUUACAUGACAGAAGUAAAAGAAUUAUACAAAAGUGAAUUAAACAAUUUAGAAAAUAUUACUAAAGGAAUGGAUGGAGUUAAAAAUAAUAAAACACUUCAGUCUUUACUUGAAUCAAUCAUUAAAGCAAAUAAUUCUUUAGAAGGGAUGAUAAUAAAAGAACAAAAAUUAUUACAACAAAGUGAAGAAAAUUCACAAAAUAUUUCAAUAAAAUUACAAGAAAUAAGUAGAAAAGAAACAGAAUUUUAUGAACUUGUUAAAAAGUUUGAAGAUGAAAUUUCAUUAAAUGAGAAAAUUGAAGCAAAAAUUCAAGAACUUCAAUUUAAAAAGAGUCAACAAAUGAUAAGAGAAGAUAAUUAA